AUAUGCUGGGAGGGCUCUGGGAGAAGGAAGGGCUGCAGUCCUCCAGCAACAGAGUUUAGGCUGUGUCUUUGCUUCAUCAUCUGAGGAAAAAUCCCCCGAUAAGGCUCAGGGCUAUCUGAGUGCAAGAAGAAAAAAAAAAUAGAAAAAAAAAAAAAUGGACGGCUAAUCGUUUGGUUUGACAUCCAUUCAUCACAAUGAUGCGAUGGGAAAGGCGCGGCUGUUUGUUGAUGUCAGAUGUUUCUGUUCACAUUGGAAACGUGCCGAAUAGACGGAGCUGAACAAGGUCAGUGAUUUAAAAAGUGCCUUUGUGGAGUCACUUUUAUGAGAGAGGACUGCUACGCCUGUGUUUUCAAAAUACUGUCUUUGCCAGCUAGACGUUGCCUUGACCUUACCCGUGGCAGAAGAUACCUCAACUGUCUUGAUUUGCCAAUUAAUUGAUGGGAAACUGAACUCACCGUAAAAGCAGGAAGAAGGAAUUGUUAUUACUGGGACAUGAACAAAUGAAUGCAUUGCUUUUCUUGUGUAAUCAGUACCAGCAAGCAACCUGCGGCGAACUAAUAUUCCAUCCAAGAGUGCCAUUGCAGUGAAGGACGUGUGCUUGUAACCGGUGCGUCAGUGAUACAAUCAGCAGACCCACACGUUUUACAGACAGAAAUGCUCCUGAGCAUGAUCUUCUUCAGCCAAAAGUCUACAAGCGGGACUUAAUGAUUGAUGAGUGACUGCUCGCCGAUAAACUUUCUCAGUUUAUUCAGUGUUGUGUGAGUUGGACAUCGUUAAUCAUCCCUCCCCACUUUAAAAAAAAAAACUUUCUUUCAAAUUGGAAUUAUUUUUUUCUGGUAGGUUUUUGUUUUUUUCCUUCAUCAAUAACUUUGGAAAUUUCUUUGGCGUAAUUCGCUUGACGGCGAAAUUCUACACAAAUUCUACAUCAGCCUUUCAUCAUGGCUUUGAAUGUUGCUCCUGUAAGAGAUACAAAAUGGCUAACAUUAGAAGUGUGCAGACAGUUUCAGAGGGGAACUUGUUCACGCUCUGAUGAAGAAUGCAAAUUUGCACAUCCCCCUAAAAGUUGCCAGGUUGAAAAUGGAAGAGUUAUUGCCUGCUUUGAUUCCUUAAAGGGUCGUUGUACAAGGGAGAAUUGCAAGUACCUUCACCCACCAACGCAUUUAAAAACUCAACUGGAAAUCAAUGGCAGGAACAACUUAAUCCAACAAAAAACUGCAGCAGCUAUGCUUGCACAGCAAAUGCAGUUCAUGUUUCCAGGAACCCCGCUACAGCCAGUGCCCACAUUUCCAGUGGGUCCCACAAUAGGAACGAACACGGCUAUUAGCUUUGCUCCUUACCUGACGCCAGUAACACCAGGAGUUGGCUUAGUCCCGACUGAGAUCCUGCCCACGCCACCCGUCAUUGUUCCUGGAAGCCCACCGGUUUCAGUCCCCGGUUCUACUGCUACUCAGAAACUCCUUAGGACUGAUAAACUGGAGGUGUGCAGGGAAUUCCAGAGGGGAAACUGUGCACGUGGAGAGACUGAUUGCCGCUUUGCACAUCCGGCAGACAGCACAAUGAUUGACACAAACGACAACACCGUAACCGUGUGUAUGGAUUACAUAAAAGGUCGUUGCAUGAGGGAGAAAUGCAAGUAUUUUCACCCUCCUGCACAUUUGCAGGCCAAAAUCAAAGCGGCGCAACAUCAAGCUAACCAGGCUGCAGUGGCAGCCCAGGCAGCUGCGGCAGCUGCGACUGUGAUGACUCAGUCGACUGCCAAAGCAAUGAAGCGACCUCUCGAAGCAACUGUAGACCUGGCCUUUCCUCCCGGUGUUCUUCACCCUUUACCAAAGAGACAAGCACUUGAAAAAAGCAAUGGUGCCAGUGCCGUUUUCAAUCCCAGUGUCUUGCACUAUCAACAGGCUCUUGCCAAUGCUCAGUUGCAGCAACAUGCAGCGUUCAUCCCAACAGGGUCAGUUUUGUGCAUGACACCCGCUACCAGUAUUGUACCCAUGAUGCACAACGCUACGGCCGCCACUGUCUCUGCAGCAACAACUCCUGCAACAAGUGUUCCCUUCGCCGCAACAGCCACAGCAAAUCAGAUACCUCAGAAUCAGAAGCCUCAACUCAAACCAGUAAUAGAGUCUGAAGACACUGAGUCACAUAUAAUCCUGAAGUAAUCAGCAGGAACGGGACGGAGUGCCACGAAGCCUCCCUGCGGAUGGCCAAGCACGGCUACUGUACAUACUAUCCUGUCUCCUCCUCUCUAGAAUUGCCACAAACUGCAUGCUAAGUAAAGAAUUUGUUCUUACGGACAAAUCACAAACUCUAAAAAGCUAGUGCUGCUAUGUCAUAUAUGAAUAUUAAAUAUGGUAUGCUUACUAUACUCCGACCUAAAAUAGUUAACUACCUGAUACCAGCUGUGAUGUUUCAAGACAUAAAGGGUAACAUUUAGUUUUGAAGAUUUUCUAAACAUAGUUUAAUUCUUGCAAACGUUGUCUUUUCUCCAUAACUAAACCUAAUGGAAAUGGUCCAAUUGAGUUAGCCUUGGGAGAUUCGCAGUUCAUGAAUCUUUCAAGCUCAGCAAUAAUUAAUUUGUAUUGGCUAAAAACAUAUCCCGGUUGCACGUUUAGUUUGAACCCGAACUAUAAUUGGGGGUUUUCUUCUUGGUUAAAAAAACUCCUGGUUUUGCUCCCCGAGCAAUUUGACUCCAAGAGGGAGGAAGUGCAACAAAGCCCGGUGUCCUGCACGUCACCCUGCCAGUCUGAAAUUUUUAGCCAGAAACCCAAAGUAAAGCACAAAUUCUUUAGAUGCACAUAGUUGGUGUUUGACUUGUAUGGAGAAGUUGCAUUUGAGUCAUAGCAGAAUAGGAGAAAAAAAAAAAAAAAAGGCGAGAAAUUUUGCACAGUAUGAGCUUCAUACCCCUUUCAGUCCCCAAAAGAACAAAGUCUUGAAAAUAUUAUUUUACGAGUAUAUUUAUAAUGUUUUUAAAAGAGACUUUGCAGAAGUGCCUAAAUUUUGUCACAUCAGACUUGGUGAAAGUGAGCCUGAUGCCAACAGUCAAUCCUAGCAGACGCAAAUAUCUCUCAGACUCGUGGUCAGGUUACCCAAAAGAUCCGAGCUCUUAGGGAGUAACCUCGGCCGACGUAAAAUCAAACGAAAAGACCAAACUGACAAAAGGAAAGGAGAAAAAGAAAGCUGUAGAUGAAGAGAAGUGUACAAUACUCUAAUUUAAUUAAAAUUCAGUUUAGUCACUGAGACUUCGUAAGUGACUUUAAUCUAGGUUAUUAACUGAACACUAAGAAUGUAGAACGAGAUUCAGUUUAAUAAAUCAUUACUGUAUUUGCGUUUUUUUUAAUUGGGUUAUGCGAUUGUAACCAGAUUAGAAUGGAGAAAAAAUAGUUCUUUUAAUUGUUUUUCUUUAAAAACAUAUUUUAUGUCACGAAAGUAUGAAGAUAUCUUUAAUACAAUUAUAUACAUAUUAUAUAUACAUACAUACAUAUAUAUGGAUGAAGCAGAUUUUAAUGUUGUUUACUUUUUUAAAUACUUUGUUGAUUUACAAGGUAAUUAUAUAUGUAUAAUUAAAAUUUCAUUUGUUUGAUUUGAGAUUUGUUUCAAGCACUAUUGUACCAAAUAUUUCAUAUUUUCACAUUUUAUAUGUUGCACAUGUAUCACAGAAAUGACAUAGUUUUUAAAUUAUUGUUUGAAAAACAAGACAGCUGUUAUAAGUGGAUAUUAUGUAUAAUUGUUUGCAGCAUAAGUUUUCUAUGUGGACAUUAUUAGUGAUUGCAGUAUUUUAACUUAACCUCUUCAGAUUGAUUGUAAACUAUUUUAAACUUUGGCAGCACUGCCCGUUGGGAACGACUGAAGGCACUAAGAGUGGAACUGUUUGUCUAGGAAACGAUUUCCGGGCUAAAUCUUGUUCGUCCAAUGUCUAAUUACUAUCUAUUUAUAUAUAAAGCUGGAGAUUUGAUCAUCUGACAGAAAAAAAAGAAAAAAAAAAAAAAAAACAAGGAUCACAAUUCGACUGUAAAAUUAACAUAGUGCUUGUAACGUUGCGUUAGUUUUAAUUUGUGGGAAAAUAACGUAUCUUAACUUGUUACUUUAGCAGUUAAGGUAUCACCAUUAUAUACUAUUAAAACACUAAUAUUUGUAGACUUUCUCAGUCAUUAUAACUAGGUAGUUGACACUGCAACUUGCCUAUAUCUGUCAAAGUUGUUUUUAUUUUUUUAUAAUAGUUAAUUUAGGCAUUUGGGUAGCUUAUUGUAUAAUACUAAAUGGUAAAUUAUCCAUGUUGUUUAAAUAUUUUAUGUAGAUAACUCUUCAAGACAUCAUUUUGUGUGAACUUUUUAUGUUUCGAAAUAACUGUUAUUCUAUGUUUUCUACAAGUAAUCCAAUACGACUAUUUUUUGCCCAUGGAUGACGAAGCUUCAGAUACAUCAGGUCUUUCAUCCAGAUAAACUGACAGACAAAAAGAGAAAAUGUAUUUUUAAUAAGAGAUCCACUUUCCGACUUGACGACUUUGUAAUAUUCCUAAAAACUGUAAAAGUACAAACCUAUGCUAACGGUAAGGAGGCAAUUACAGAGAUGUGCAAAUACGUGUACAACAGAUUCUGCAUUUUAUUUAUUUAUAAAGUAAUUUUAUAGACUAUUUCAAAAUUUGGGAAGAUCUAAAACUAUUUUUCUGUAUAAAUAUUAUUUGCCAAAACUUUGUUUAUAUU